CUGCAACUACUUUUGAGCCGCCUUCUCUCAUUCUUGAUUUCAUUUGCCAAAAAACCCGAGAAAACAAGUUACUUGAAUCCCAUCUGUGGGGGAAAAAACAAGAAAAAGAGGCUUCAUUUACUGAGUUAGAAUGAAGUUUGGAAAGGAAUUUGCUUCACAAACGGUGCAAGAAUGGCAACAAGCAUACAUGGACUACAGAUUUCUGAAAACAGUUUUGAAAGACAUCUUCCGUUUUAGACAAAGGAAUUCAGUAUCCCCACUUGCAGAAACCCCAAAAGGAUCCUUAAAAAGAAGGGUAUCCCUUUACAGAGCCUUCAGUGGGCUUACAAGCCGAUACAACUGUUCGAAGAUGUCCCCGGAGAAACACAAUGAAGAUGAAGUGAUAUUGAUUGAAGGGGUUUCGGAAGGGAAGUAUAAGACCAUGUUUCUUAGGUCAUCUGAUGAGGGAGGAGAGUAUGAGUUGGUGUUCUUUAGGAGACUAGAUGAUGAGUUCAACAAAGUGUUGAACUUUUACAAGGGUAAGGUUGGGGAAGUGAUGGAGGAGGCUGAGGAGUUGAAUAAACAAAUGGAUGCCCUUAUUGCUCUGAGGAUUAGGGUUGAUAAUCCUGUGAUGGGCAUGAAUGGUGAAGCCAAUAGUAGGACUUCCUCAUCCUCCAUUAAUGGGAGGAGUCCAGGUCGGUCACAUAUGGAUGUUAUUCAAGAAGUUGAGAUGAGCGAUGAAGGAAAUGUUGAAGAUGAAGUUAGACCAGUCAAUGAACCACAAAGCAGUACCCACCAUAAGAGAGCGGUUGUAGGGCCUAGGCCACCUUCAUUAGAAGUUCUGAAUCAUGUAAAGAUCAAUGUCACACCUGAAACCCCAGUAUCAACAUUGAAAUGUAUCCUCAUGCGUUCGCAAUCCGACUUGUCCUUCAGCAAGGAGGAGCUGAGGAAGGCAGAAGAACAAAUGAGACGGGCUUUCGUUGAAUUCUACCAAAAACUUCGGCUACUGAAAAGCUAUUGUUUCUUGAAUCUGUUGGCUUUCUCCAAGAUCAUGAAGAAGUAUGACAAGAUAACUUCUAGGAAUGCAUCAAAAGCUUACUUAGAGAUGAUAGACAAAUCUUAUAUAGGCAGCUCUGAUGAGGUUACCAGGCUUGUAGAAAGAGUGGAGUCUACAUUCAUAAAGCACUUCUCAAACGGAAAUCGCAAAAGAGGAAUCAUUACUCUAAGACCACAAGCUAGAAGGGAGAGGCAUAGAAUAACAUUUUUCUUGGGUCUUUUUUCCGGCAGCUCAAUAGCGCUUUUAGUGGCUAUUGUCGUGCUAAUACAAGCAAGACAUCUUCUCAAGAGCAAGGGACGCGAGGCCUAUAUGGCAAACAUAUUUCCACUUUACAGCUUUUUUGGAUUCAUUAUCCUACAUAUGAUUAUGUUCUCUGGAAAUAUAUACUUUUGGAGGCGUUUCCGGGUCAAUUAUCCCUUUAUAUUUGGCUUCAAGCAAGGGUCUGAACUGGGUUAUAGAGAAGUUUUCCUACUAAGUUCAGGUGUUGCAGUACUCACUCUAGCUGGUGCAAUCUCAAAUCUGGAUAUGGACAUGGACCACAGAACAAGAAGCUUUAGAACAAUCACUGAAUUGGUCCCCGUGGGCCUAGUCACCCUGUUGGGUCUUGUAAUGUUCUGUCCAUUCAAUGUCAUUUACCGUUCAAGUAGAUUCUUCCUGCUCCGAUGUGUGUUUCACUGUCUCUGUGCUCCUUUAUAUAAGGUUACCCUCCCGGAUUUCUUCUUGGCAGAUCAGCUUACUAGCCAGGUGCAGGCAUUCAGGUGUCUAGAAUUUUACAUCUGCUACUACGGUUGGGGGGACUUCCAAAGGAGAUCAAACAAGUGCCAACAAAGCAAAACUUUUGAAGUCUUUUACAUCAUUGUUGCGGUUGUUCCAUAUUGGACACGCUUCCUUCAGUGCCUUCGACGCUUGUUUGAAGAGAGGGACUAUAUACACGCGCUGAAUGGGCUCAAAUACUUCUCAACAAUAGUUGCAGUUGUAAUGAGAACAGGUAAUGAUCUGGAGUGGGGAAUUACUUGGAGGAUCAUGGCUGCAGCAAGUUCUGGAGUCGCUACAAUUACUAGUACAUACUGGGAUAUUGUAAUAGACUGGGGCCUACUGCGAAGAAAUUCUAAGAACCCUUGGUUGAGGGAGAAGCUCCUCAUAUCAAACAGAAGCGUAUACUUUGUAGCAAUAGUGCUGAAUGUGAUACUAAGACUUGCAUGGAUGCAAUCAGUUCUUGGUUUCUAUGAAGCACCUUUCCUGCAUAGAACAGCCGUAACUGCAAUAGUUGCCUCUUUGGAAAUCAUUCGUCGGGGUAUUUGGAAUUUCUUCAGGUUGGAGAAUGAGCACUUGAACAAUGUUGGAAAAUACCGGGCGUUCAAGUCAGUUCCGUUACCUUUCAACUACGAAGAUGAAGAGAAGGAUGUAUAGAUAAUUACUGCGUAGAACUAAGGAAUUUCUGCCGUUUCUAGUUAUCAGCAACUGUGUACAUGUUUGUACUAAGGAAUUUCUGCCGUUUCUA